UUCUGUUAUUAGAGCGGUGUCUCUCGAAGCCUUUUCCAUUCAACUCUCAGUCCUCGACGCGUAAACAUUGCAUUUACCAUUCGUGCUCAGUAUUUUGCUUUGAGUUUGUGCGUAAUUUUAUUUGUGUGUUGUAUUUUAAACAUUUGCAUUGAUUUUAUUAUUGCUUUUGAUAAGUGCUAAAUAGAUGAGUCCAGUUGAUUCUGCUUUGCGUGGGAUUUUAAGAGAUUUUUCUAAUUGAGAUUAAGAAGAGCGGCAGUUCACGCCCCCGUCUCUUGUGACGUCGUCAAAUGCAAAUGCAAAUGCAGUGCGCGGCAAGUUAAUUGAAUUUGAUUUGAUUUUUAUUGUGUUUGUGUGAUUGCACUUGCUGCGGAAAAAGAUAAAUUCUAAGGAGUCAGUAUGGAUUUUAAAUUCCUGAUGAUUCUUAUCCUGGGCUUCGGCUUUAUGUUCGUCUUUACGGCAUUCCAGACCAUGUGUAACAUUGAGAAAACCAUACUGGAUAGCAUUUCCCAGGAAGAUGAGAGCUUCAAGGGCGAGGGUUACACCAGUCUGGCGAUUAUCUACCUGUUCUUUUCACUCUCCAAUUGGCUGGCACCCUCGUUUAUUUCGUUCACUGGACCCCGAGUGGCCAUGGUCGUGGGAGCACUGACCUAUACGGCUUUCAUGAUCACGUUCAUGUUCCCAUCCACCGUGCUGCUGUACGUGGGUAGUGCAGUGUUAGGAUUGGGUGCUUCGAUCACAUGGACGGGUCAGGGAACUUACCUGGCACGUUGCAGCGAAUCUUCAACCAUCUCCCGCAACUCGGGCGUCUUUUGGGCCCUACUACAGUGCAGCAUGUUCAUCGGCAAUCUGUUCGUGUACUAUCAGUUCCAGGACAAAACCGUCAUCGACAAAGAGACAAGAAAUCUGGUUAUCGGUGUUCUUACGGUGAUUGCUAUUCUGGGCAUCGUAUUCUUGGCCGCACUUCGAUUCAUGGCCGACAAUGCCGAGCACGACAAUGAACUGGAGCAGAAGCACACGGGCUGCGGACAUGCCAUUUACGCCUUGAAAUCCGCAGGACAAUUGUUCCUAACUAAGAAGAUGCUUCUGCUUAGUUUGGCUUUCUUUUAUACAGGACUUGAGCUAUCUUUCUUCAGUGGUGUUUUCGGCUCAGCGAUUGGAUUUACUACAAAAAUUGCUGAAACUCCUAAGGAGAUUGUUGGACUGGUGGGAAUUUGCAUUGGAGCCGGCGAGGUCUUCGGAGGAGGACUCUUUGGCAUACUGGGCAACAAGACGACGCGAUAUGGACGCGAUCCCAUCGUGAUUGCCGGCUAUGUGAUGCACAUGGCGGCGUAUUUUAUGACGUUCAUCAACCUGCCGAAUAGCGCACCAUUUAAAGAUACCACCGAUAUAUCCUACCUGGAUCCGCCCAGAGCCAGCAUUGCCCUGGUGUGUGCCUUUCUUUUGGGUUUAGGCGAUGCAUGUUUCAACACACAGAUCUACUCGAUGCUAGGCGGGGAGUAUGUGAACAAUGCCGUGGGAGCCUUUGCUCUGUUUAAGUUCACCCAGUCGGUGGCGGCGGCUAUUAGCUUCUUCUACUCCUCGCAUUUCGGACUCUACGUCCAGUUAGGCAUUCUGGUGGUGAUGGGAACUAUUGGCACCAUCGCCUUCGUCUUCGUAGAGUGGGGCUUCAAGAGGCAGCACCGCGAACAGGAGGCCAUGGAGAAGUAGGCCUACCUGGACUCAUAUAAUCUAGAGUAUUAGAUGCAGGUUAUCGUUAGGGCGCUAGAGCUAUAGCCAUUUGUCCGUAUUUGUUGAAUUCCUCGGAAUGCUUUAAAUCCGUGCGACUGCGUCGUCUUCCUAGACAAUAACUGAUAAGUGUUGUUGCGCGCUAUUGUUGCUAAAUAUACGUAUUUUAAUGUUGGCAUUCCAAAACGUAAUUGUAAACUAGUUGUCUAUGUUUUUAUACGUGUGUAUUGUAUAUGUGCGUUUAUUUAUUUUAAGCAGCAAAAAAUGUGCAAUUGUAAAUUAGUAAACCACAGAUUUGGAGUAUUAUAAGAAAUAUAUAACGAAUUUUAAGAAAACUCGAUAGGUUUUCAAUGUGCAAA